GCAUCGAAGCUCUUGAAUUGGGACCAGUUCCAGGCGUGAUGUCCAGAACCUCAUCCUUAUGGAUAGUAAAUUUAAAGAGGCUGGAUGCACAGGGGGAAGCAUGGUAAAGACAGCACCUUUCCAGGAUCCAUGGGCUCUUUGAGAGAUGAUCAGAGGGAGGCCAGAGGACCUACAGAACACGCGCGCAACUGUUUCUCGUCCGCAAAGGCAGCAUCGGAGCAUCCUCCCCAGCCCCGCGCUCCCUGCUCGCUUCCAGAUGUUUCGCAGCUGCGAGUGGGAGGUACUGGAGCGAUCCCUCAAUAUCCUUCAGGCCAGCGACUUCUACUGGGGCCCCUUGUCAGUGGGGGAGGCUCACGCCAAGCUCCAGCGGGAGCCCGUUGGCACCUACCUGGUACGGGACAGCUCUCAGGGGAACUACCUGUUCAGCCUGAGCGUGCGGAUGCCGACGGGGCCCGUCAGCCUUCGGAUCUCUUUCCAGGAGGGCUAUUUCCGCCUGAAGAACUGGUUUUCAGACUGCGUAGUCCGGCUCCUGGAGCGGGUGGUGGGGGGGCCCGGCAACAACCCCUGGCGCUUUGAUGAGAUGGGGGGGACGCCCCUGGUGUUCUCCGAGCCCCUGUGCCGGAGCCAGGAACUGUGCCGCCAGCGCCUGCCCGGGGGCUGUCGGAGCCUGCCCGCCGCGACGGGGCAAGGAGCAGGCUCCUCCGGGAUGCGCCCGAGGGAGGAGGUGGCUUCUCCCUCCGAUGGGAGAGGAGGCUCGGAGCGGAGCGUCGUCCCCAGCCCCUCUCCUGCCCAGGCUGGGAGAUGAUGCGGCGCACACAGGAGACGAAAGGAGGUGCCUGUUUCAUGGGUAUGCUGGUGGGACGCAUGACACUCCGGUGGGAUUGGACUGGUCACUUGGAGAGGAAGGGGAGGGCAAGGGGAGCAAGUCUUGAACCCACUGACUGCGAGAGCCGUGUCCUUGUAUGUGCGCAGUGUAUGUGGCCUCUCCCUGAGAUGCCUGGAGUAAAGCCAAAGCUGAAGAGCAGAGACCCCCCUCCCCCAGUCCUGCUCUUUACUCCGGUUGUGACUCAUAAGCUUGAGGACAGGGUGAGCUGCCUGUUCUCCUGGGCCAGCCCUGUCUCCUCCUCUGUCCCAAAGUGCCUAAGUUAGUUUUCUCUAAAAAUCUGCCUUUGUGAAGUGGUCCGGCUGAGUCCGGUCCCUGAGCAGCGCUGCCUGGGCAUUGUUGGACAUAGCCCCCGUGCUGACCAUGUAUCCAGGUAGCCGUGUCCGAGUGAAGAAAUGCUCCACUCCUUGCAGCGUAAAUGCAUUACCUGUCACUUCAAAGAUCAACAUUUGCACUGAAAUAAAACCGCUGCAGCCAUGUACAAUGUGUGCAGUUUCACUGGCUUCUGCAUUGCUUUUUGGAGCAGAUUUUUGGGAGUGCAGAUGAGUUACCUUAUACUAAGGGCAUUGUAUUCCUGCUAAGGGAUUCCCGGCUCGGAGAGCCAGGUCCGCUCUGGGCGGGUGCACACAGAUGGGAGUACAGCGCCCUUUCUUAUGCUCAUCUGAUAGUAUGC